GCCCCAAGGUCCGGCCCCCGUCCGGAGAGGGAAGCCCCCAGGAGUUUGUUGGGGUGGAGGACAACACAGUGCGCAGGCGUGAAGGGUCACUUCCGUAGGACGGCGGCGAGCGGAAGGGGAAGUGAGCGGCUGGGCCGGGUGGGCCGCGUCCGGGCGAUUAAGGGAGGAGGAGGCGUGAGUUAGAGAGACCUGCUGUUCCCAAAGAUGGCCUGACAUGAAGAAGCCCUCCAAGCCCUGGCAGGUGGGAGCCAGCUGUGAUACCGGAGAUGGAAACGGAUUCCACUAUCCCACUCUGGCAGAACAAACCACAUGGAGCUGCUAGAAGCGUAGUGAGGAGGAUUGGGACUAACCUGCCCUUGAAGCCAUGUCCUCGGGCAUCCUUUCAGACACUGCCCAACGUCUCUGACCUAUAUCUGAGCGAUGUGCCCCCUGUCCCUACUUUGGCUGAUAUUGCCUGGAUAGCAGCAGAUGAAGAGGAAACCUAUGCUCGAGUCAGGAGUGACACCCGGCCCUUGCGGCAUAAGUGGAAGCCCAGCCCACUGUUCGUCAUGCAGCGCAAUGCCUCAGUGCCCAACCUUCGAGGGCAGGAGGAGAAGCUCCUGGCCUUGAAGAAGCCUGGCCUACCAGCCCUCAGCCGAACCACUGAACUACAAGAUGAGUUAAGUCACCUACGCAGCCAGAUUGCCAAGAUUGUGGCAGCAGAUGCAGCUUCGGCUUCAUUAACACCAGAUUUCUUAUCUUCAGGAAGUUCCAAUGUCUCUUCUCCCUUACCUUGUUUUGGAUCCUCAUUCCACUCUACAACUUCCUUUGUCAUUAGUGACAUCACAGAGGAGGCUGAGUUAGAAGGUCCUGAGCUUCCAUCGGUUCCCAUACUUUGUUCUGCCAGCUCUGAAUGUUGUAAAACUGACUCCAAAGCUGCCUGCAGCUUGGCUGAAGAUGAGGACUGUGUGUCUCUCUCAAAGGCUAGCAGCUUUGCAGACAUGAUGGGCAUCCUGAAGGAUAUUCACCGGAUGAAGCAGAGCCAAGACCUGAAUCGGAGCUUGAUGAAGGAAGAAGACCCUGCUGUCCUCAUUUCCGAGGUGUUGAGGAGAAAGUUUGCUCUGAAGGAAGAGGAUAUCAGCAUGAAAGGAAACUGAUGACCCUUUCUGUGGAGCCAUAUAUAUAUAUAUAUAUGGCCCUUUCUCUCUAAGCUGUCUCACAACAGAUACUUCUGCCUUGCAGUUAGAAAUGUCCUUCCACGAUGGAAAACACGGACAGGCUAGAAAUGGGGAGAAGAGAAAAGCUGAACUGCUUCCCCACACUUCAAACUUUAGCAAAACUUUUAAGGACAGUGUUCGCAAAAAAAAAAAAAACUGAGUUGAGGGUUUGCAGAUAAUCAGUCGUGUUGCUUUACAUUGAAGAAGAUGGGAGUUUUUGUUUUCCUCCUCCUGUGAAAGUAGGCCCCAGCCCGAUGACUAGCUUCACUGCACUAUCUAGCCAGCUCCUGGUCUCACUGGGCACAUGCAGUGUGGCCCUCAGGCUCAGCUGCUUCCUUGCAGGGGAUCAGGGAGUUGGGGAGCCCCAAGGUCUUCUCAACACCAGUCAUAAACCAACACUUGUCCCCUGUGCUCAGGUCUCCAGCAGGUCCCGUGGCUCCAGCUUAUGAAUAGGCUGCUGCUGGCAGGCCAGGGCUGGGUUUUGGGUUUUUUUUCCUUCUUAAACACAUUUUGUAAUACUGUAAAGAAACCAAAUCCUUCCAUUACCCCCCAGGAUCCUUGUGGCCUCCUCAUUGCUAUGGCAUUGAUGUCUUGUUCCACUGCCAUUGAGGGAUCUCAGUGAGGAAGAGGGGAGGGGGCUGUGCUUCAUUUGGGGCCAUUUUUCCUCAUACCUGAACCCCUGUUAGGUCAUGCCAAAGUCCUCACCCAACACACUUAAUGCAUGACCCAGCCCUUGGGACCUCUUCAGUAAAGGUGUGUGCACGUGUGUGUGGUCUGUUUGGGUUGAAGCACUACCUGGUAUUAAAGAAAGUUUUUGAGUGGC